AUGGCUUUUGCUAAUCUUCUGCGUAGGCCAGACAGAGCAGAGAGAGACGAUGACGCCAAUGACCAUAUUGAUUCCGAUACCCCCCGCUCCGGCAUCGCAACCCCACAGCCAGACCCCUCGGACAAGCGAUUUCCCAGUAUAGAUCACAACAGUUAUUUUGCCCAGGUUGGUACAAGUUCUUCUACAAGUCCCGGUUUUGGUCCUUUGAACCCCCCAGCCAUCCCCAGGAGCAAUGCGUCCAAAGGUGCUUCAUCUCUUCGAGGCCGAGGAAGCAUGGUGACCAAGGAGCUGGGGUUGUCAGACGCUUCAGGCUCAGACUCGAGAGGCGAGGUCGUGAACUCAGACGAGAACAAGCAUGAGGAAGUCCCACCAUUAUCAUCUAAUAAUGGGGUGGGAUCCCUCCAAGCACAAACACAGACAGAGAAAGAUGCUGGCUUUCAUUCUUAUCCAACACCACCUGAUUCCAAAACGCCCUCACUGCACAAGUUAAGGCUGAACGAGUCGGGCUCCGAGGAUGAUGUCGAAGUAAAGAAGACUCCCACUUCAACUUCCCUUCAUCACAAGAGCAUCUCCGACUCCAUACCCCAGCACGCUCGUAGACCUUCAUUAUUACCACUUUCUAGCAUUGUCACGACUUCAAAUGUACUUGCUGCACACUUCUCGAACCCCACCGAUACCAGACCUAGCACUCCUAUACUUUCUCGUUUAAGUUCUCAGUUCCACGAGUCACCGUCCAUUGAGAAGCUCAAAAAGCUAACUGAUGACCUCCCGGCCGAAAAGAGCGGACACGCAUCCCCACGUGCAUCGUCAACUGUCACCGCAACAUCAGACGUCAGCGCGGGCUCAGAAACUGCAAAGAAGGAGAAUGGGCGGCACGAGGAGGCUACUCCUACAGAAGCGAAAAAAGACAUCACCGCUAGCGCCUCGGUACCGGCGCCAGUCACCAAAGGAAAGCUCACCGUGAAGAUCAGUGAAGCCAGAGGAUUAAAGAGGAGCCGGGAGCCAUACGUCGUUGCAGUCUUUCAACGCAAUGAGUUGGUGUCCAAGGGUCCAAUCCAUGAAGAUGGUGAAGAAGAAGAGCACAAGGAUGUGACGAGCAGUCCAAUGGGUGGAAUCCCAAUAUCGAGGACUGGGAGUGAUUCGGGUCGUCCAAGGGCGAUUCCUAUGAAGAGUCGACAGAGCAGUAACACAAGUUUAUCUGAUUAUCGCGAUUUCAAGUCAAAAGGAAGAAAGUCCUUCACAAAUCCAAAAUGGGACACAGAAGCCGUAUUUGAUGUUGUUGGCGCUGAUACACGUAUCAACCUGACUAUAUACGAUCAGAGCAGUGCUGCUGAGGAGUUUCUCGGCCACGUUGAUCUGAGCGCCAACCUCUCCGAGAGUUCACCACCACUCAGUGGAUGGUUCCCCCUUCGCGGCAAAAAUGACACCGAAACUGGUGUCUUUGGUGAGAUUUUCGUGGAGAUCAUGUUUCAAAGGACCGAAAAGCGACAUUAUGGACCUGAGGAUUUUCAGAUUUUGAAAUUAAUUGGCAAGGGAACUUUUGGCCAAGUGUAUCAAGUUAGGAAGAAGGAUACCAAACGUAUCUACGCUAUGAAGGUGCUUCAAAAGAAGGUUAUCGUGCAAAAGAAAGAGGUCGCCCACACAGUCGGAGAGCGAAAUAUCUUGGUCAGAACAGCCAUGGCAGACUCGCCAUUUAUUGUUGGACUCAAAUUCUCCUUCCAAACGCCAACAGAUCUCUACCUCGUCACUGACUUCAUGUCCGGCGGCGAGCUGUUCUGGCAUCUUCAGAAAGAGGGCAGAUUUGACGAGAAACGUGCAAAGUUCUACAUUGCCGAGCUCAUCUUGGCUCUUCAACAUCUUCACAUGCACGACAUUGUCUACCGAGACUUGAAGCCGGAAAACAUCCUCCUAGAUGCCAACGGACAUAUUGCUCUGUGCGAUUUUGGUCUAUCAAAAGCCAAUUUGACAAAGAACGCAACCACCAACACAUUCUGUGGAACUACCGAAUAUCUUGCUCCUGAGGUUCUACUAGAUGAAGCUGGUUAUACGAAAAUGGUCGAUUUCUGGUCGUUGGGUGUUCUAGUCUUUGAGAUGUGCUGUGGAUGGAGUCCAUUUUACGCUGAAGACACUCAACAGAUGUACAAGAACAUUGCGUUUGGCAAAGUCAGAUUCCCAAGAGACACUUUGACAACCGAAGGUCGUAACUUUGUCAAAGGGCUUUUGAACAGAAAUCCCAAACAUAGACUCGGAGCACAAGAUGAUGCCGAGGAGUUGAAGAGACAUGCAUUCUUCGCUGAUAUCGACUGGGAUGCAUUGACCAGAAAGACUAUCACGCCUCCAUUUAAGCCAAAAUUGAAGUCAGAGACAGACACCCAAAACUUCGACCCCGAAUUUACAAAUGCUUUAAUGGGAGCAUCAUCACUAAAUGCGCGAGCGGCAGCUCUAGCUGCAGGUAUCGAGACCUCGACCCCACUGUCUCCAGGAAUGCAAGCCAACUUCAAAGGUUUUACCUUUGUGGAUGAGAGCUCUCUUUCGGAACAUAUGCAGGCUCGUGGUCAUAUUAAGGACGAUUAUGAUGAUAUGGAUGAGGAUGAAAAGAAAGAACAAGACUGGGAAGAGCCAUUUGAGCAUCCUGAUCAGCGACGCAGUGAUCGCAUGAGUGGUGUCCAAAAGACGAACACCAACGAAGACAGCAGCAUGUUUAACGGCGGACAUUUUGACCUGUAA